AUGUCUCCUCUCCUCGACUGGCUAGUCGAGCAUGAGCCUUCGUUUCGCAAAACACGUCUCCCCUCGCUCUACUCGGACCUCAACCUCCAACGCACCUCCAACCCCGAAGGCCACACCGCCAAUGUCACCGCCUGGUCGUCUGCCCUGACGCGCGCCGCACUCGCGGGACAAAUCCCCCACGGUCAACACCAUUUGAUUCUGCAGACGAGCGACGAACUUCUCAAUGCGCUGGCGAGUCCUACGUAUGGGAGGCCCAGCGGGCUCGGAAGUGUGGUGGACGAAUGUGUACGGCAGGGGAAGAUGAUUGAUCUACAAGACUUUCUCGGCUCAGAGAAGAGCAUAUACUCCAGAGGUUGGAUCCCGAGUCCGUGGGCCAUUCUGCGCUGGGGCUUACAAAAGGCUGGAAUGUCGUGGAGCAGUGGGAGCUUUGACGUGAGCGGCGGCAGGUUAAAGGCUGGAAACCUCGCGUUGGUUCCAGCGUUAGAAGAGGUCUGGAAGAGAUUGUCUGCUGCAAGGGAAAAAGACACAAAAGCACAGACUCUGACUGAUAGAGUCAUGACACGGGAAACAUUCCUGAAAGACGUCAACGAUGUGCUCAACCAGGCCGGUGAGAUGACAGGGUCGCUGUCGAGUCAAGACCUGGAAGUGUUGCUCCGCUACCUCUCCCGUGACAAACAAGUUCUGGCGUAUGACAGCAGCACCGUCAAAUUCAAACCGCCGUCAUCUUCAGCCAUACCUGAGCCGAUCACCCAAGAAGAUCGGUCAAUCGCAUCUCUGAAAUCUCUUAUCGAAGACCUCCACCAAAAGUCCGCGACCCUGUCCGCUCGCAUCACGGUGCUACAAGAUCAAGCCUCGACUGCCGUGAAAACCGGUAACAAGGCCAGCGCCCUAUCGGCCCUUCGCUCGAAGAAACUCGCCGAACGGGCGCUCCAGCAGCGUCUCGACACCUUACAUCAGCUGGAAGAGAUCUACACCAAGAUCGGAUCCGCCGUGGACCAAGUCGAGAUCCUCGCUGUGAUGGAAUCGUCCGCAUCGGUGCUGAAGACGCUCAACAAGCGCAUCGGAGGGGUCGAGCGCGUAGAGGACGUCCUGGAAAGCUUGAGAGAGGAAGUCGGCAAAGUUGACGAAGUUUCCACGGUCCUAGCAGAGCCGGUGGAUUCGAAGGCCGUCCUCGACGAGGACGAAGUGGAUGAGGAAUUUGAAGCGAUGGAGAGAGAGGAGCGCGAGAAGACGAAGAAGAUCGAGGAAGAAAAGACCAGGCAGAAGUUACGGGAGCUUGAUGCCUUCGGGCAGCUGCGCAAAGAGCGGGAAAGGGAGAGUCAAAAAGAAAGGGAAAGGCAAAAGCAAGAGCAAGGCGAUGACCUCGAAAUCAAGCAACAAGACCAAGCCCAAGACAAAGAGUCGGAAGAGGCCCUGUUAUCGUCGAGCAUCGAGAGAAUGCAGAGACUAGAACUCGAUGAGCGGACAGGGGACGACACACAAAGAGACGCGCAUCCAGAGAAGAUCGCCCAAGAAGCAUCCUAG